GCGAUGGUUAUAUAAUGAUAGGUUUCAACAGUGGUUAUUUUGUUGUUAUUUCAACUCAUAUGAAGGAAAUUGGACAGGAAUUAUUUCAGACUCGUGACCACAAAGAUCUUCUCACAGAUAUAGCAAUCUCACUUGAACUGAAUAAGGCAGCAUCGUGUGGGGAUAGCAGUGUCAAAAUCCAUGAUCUAACGGAAAUGAAAGAAAUAUACUCGAUAAUUACCAUUGAAGAUGCUGGAGGAUCACUUGAUAAGAUUGAAUGGACAGCUGAUGGACAACUUCUUGCAGUUAGUACAAUGAAAGGUGCAAUUCAUGUUUAUUUGACCAAGCUGCCAGUUCUUGGAGACUCUCAUCAAACUCGACUUGCGUAUUUAACAUCAUUGCGAGAGGUCACAAUCGUCGACAGCGUAAACCAGGAAAGACCAGUCAUGGUUGACUUGUCUAUUGAACCAACAUUUCUCGCUCUCGGUCCUUAUCAUAUGGGUGUAGGGAUGAAUAAUCGUGCGUGGUUUUACGUCUUUAACCAAACAGUUGAGCCUCAGAAAGAUAAGGAAUAUCUUGGCACUGUCAAGAAGAUGUGUUUAAAUGCAGAUUAUGCUGCAGUAAUGUUUGACAAUCGUAUUCAACUUCAUUUGAUCGAAAGUGAUGGCAUGGAUGGAAAUGAUGCAAGAGAAACCCGAUUAUUUCCUGAAAAGAAAACCGAUGGAAAUAUCACUUGUUUUGGCUUAACUCCAGAUUUCCUAAUUUAUGCAACAGAUUCUGGUUCCUUGUUCUACUUCUUCAUCGAAGACUGGAAAUUUGUUAAUGAGUUUCGACACGUUGUUGGUAUUCGUAAAUUGUUUGUGGAUCAAAGUGGUACCAAACUCCUUUUCUUGGAUGAUAAAAGCGACGGUUAUAUUUACUGUCCGGCUAAUGAUACUACUUUUGAAGUUCCUGACUUUUCACCCAACAUAAUCGGAGUUGUUUGGGAAAGUUAUUCGUUUGAUAAGGACGUGUUCUGUGCAUAUGAUGAAGAAAAUAUCUAUACAUAUAUAUUUUACCGCGAGACAGUUCAAGGUUCUCGAUGCAUAAUAGCAGGUGCUACAAAACUUCCCUUCGGUCACUUUCCUCUUAUUCUGUACAACGGAGAACUCACUUGUCAGACUCAAAGUGGGAAGACAGCAGAACUACGCUUAUCCAGCCACUCGUUCCUUCAGAAACCACAAGAUGUUGCUGUUUCCGAGCUUUUGGAUUCAUUCAAACAGUGUUUAACUCUAAAAAGGUUUAACGAGGCGUGGGCAAUAUGUAGAGUGGUGGAUAAGAAGGAUACUUGGAUGGAUCUUGCUAAGAGUGCUUUAGAACAUUUAGAGAUCGAACUAGCAAUUAAAGUUUUUCGAAAGAUGGAGGAUGUUGGGAUGGUUUUGUCACUAGACGAAGUCAAGGAUGUAGAAGAUAAAAAUCUCUUGUCUGGUUACAUUGCCAUGUUUAUGGAGAAUUACAAUCUAGCCCAGGAAUUAUUUAUGGCCUCAACGAAUCCUUCAGCAGCAUUGGAGAUGCGUCGAGACUUGUUGAAUUGGGACCAAGCAUUAGAACUGGCCAAGAGUCUUGCUCCUGAUCAAAUACCAUUUAUCUCUCGUGAAUAUGCACAACAGUUGGAGUUCACUGGUGAUUAUGCCAACGCUUUAUUACAUUAUGAGAAAGGGGUAACGAAACUUCCAGAGGAAAAGAACCAUGAUGACGCAUGCAUGGGAGGUGUUGCAAGAAUGUCUAUAAGAAUGGGAGAUAUUCGACGUGGUGUGGGUCUGGCGACAAAUAGCCCAAGUCGACAAUUAAAGAAAGAAUGCGCAAGUAUUUUAGAAAACAUUAAGCAAUAUGGAGAAUCCGCAGUUUUGUAUGAAAAAGCAGAGUACUGGGACAAGGCAGCAACCGUCUAUAUUAAAACGAAAAAUUGGAACAAAGUUGGUUCAUUACUAUCUCAUAUUUCAUCUCCAAAACUUCAUAUUCAAUAUGCUAAAGCAAAAGAAGCCGAUGGAAGAUACAAAGAAGCAGCCAGGGCUUAUGAAGCUGGCAAGGAUUAUGAUAACGUUAUAAGGGUUUACUUGGAUUAUUUGCAAAAUCCAGAGGAGGCCGUGAGAGUCGUGAAAGAAACCCAGUCGGUUGAAGGAGCAAAGAUGGUCGCCAAAUUUUUUCAAAAUCUCGGUGAUUUUUCCUCUGCUAUUCAGUUUCUUGUUUUGUCAAAAUGCAAUGACGAGGCUUUUCAAAUGGCUCAGGCCCACAAUCAAAUGGAACAGUAUGCCGAAAUUAUUGGUGAUGACUGUACCCCAGAUGAUUAUUCCAGUAUGGCGUUACAUUUUGAACAAAAGAAACAACAUUUCCUGGCUGGAAAGUUCUUUUCUAAGGCUGGUCAAUACAGCAAGGCGUUGAAACAUCUGUUAAAAUGCCCAGCCAGCGAAGACGGUCAAGCAAUCGAACUAGCGAUUGAAACGGUUGGUUUGGCCAAGGAUGACGCUCUAACUCAUCAAUUGAUUGAUUAUCUUAUGGGUGAAGUUGAUGGUAUGCCCAAGGAUGCUAAAUACGUGUUUCGCAUAUACAUGGCAUUAGAGCAAUAUCGUGAAGCUGCAAAAACUGCCAUCAUUAUUGCCCGGGAGGAUCAAUCAGCAGGGAAUUACAGGAAUGCUCACGAUGUUUUAUUUGGAAUGUAUCAAGAACUUCUUCAACACAAGAUCAAAAUACCAACAGAAAUGAAACAGAAUUUAAUGAUUCUUCACAGCUACAUUUUGGUCAAGGUUCACGUUAAACGUGGAGACCAUUUAAAAGGUGCCCGUAUGUUGAUACGUGUUUCCAACAACAUCAGCAAAUUCCCAUCCCAUAUUGUACCAAUCUUGACUUCAACUGUGAUUGAGUGUCAUCGUGCGUCACUUCGUAACUCAUCAUUCAGUUAUGCCGCCAUGUUGAUGAGGCCUGAAUAUAGAAAGGAUGUUGACUUGAAAUACAAAAAGAAAAUUGAACAAAUUGUCAGGAAACCUGACAAAACAGAAGAAGAGGAACCGAGUGAUGCAUGUCCUUAUUGUGAAUAUCUUCUUCCCCAAACUAAACUGGAUUGUCCUGACUGUAAGAAUAACAUCCCAUAUUGCAUCAUUACGGGACGACACAUGCUGAAGGACGACUGGUCUGCUUGUCCAAGUUGUAAUUUCCCUGCUUUGUAUUCCGAGCUGAAAAGUUUUUUAGAUGGAGGUGAAGGUAUUUGUCCUAUGUGUUCAGAAAAGAUCAACUUCAAUGAUACAAAGUUCAUCAAAGAUCCUGCUCAAUAUCUCAAAAACGAUGAAUCGGAAGCUUGAACUAACUUUUAUUUCUGAAAUUUC